AGAUGAUCCCCAAAUUUUGGAACAAACGCGACGUCGUUCGAAUCAUCAUCGUCGUCAUCGUCGUCGCCAUCAUCUGAAACAAAACCUCCGUUGCCUAAAACCUUGAAAGCCGAGCAGCUGUUCCCCCUCCCUCUAUCUAGAUGUUGAAGACGAGUCUCCUCCAAAAUGCAGUCAGAAUAUCGUCGAGUCGUCUGAUGCGGAAAGUUCAUCCGCAUAAAGGGAUCAGAUCAGUUCUGUCAAGCUCUCCGACUCUCCGUCAAUUGUCGACGGAAUCUGCAUCACCGACUAACCAAUUCUCCUCCACUAAACCAUUGUUUGAAACACCAUCAUCAGGUUUGGUCUACGGGAGAUUGGUAGGCAUUACAAAGAAUACAUUGAAGAGUGAUAUUCUCAGUUUGCUUGAAGAAUGCAAUUUAAGCGCAGAUGAUCUCAAAGUCGAUUACAAUCCGUUUUAUUUACCAACUGGAAUGAUUGUUCAAUUUGCUUCCCGGAGUGCCUAUGAUGCUGCUGCUAGGGUGGUCAAUAGGAAAGGCCGCUUGUAUAAAUUGGACAGGGCUAACCGUGCAAACUGGGAUUAUGUCCAGCCAUAUGGUGGAAAAUUUGUUUUACUGCAAGGAAUUCCCCCAAAUGCAACCAUAGAAGACAUUGAGCGCUUCCUGGCUGUAUGCGACUACGAUUCAUCCAAUAUUCGUCUGUUUUUCAGGCAGGGAGCUUCUGGAUCCAUCCCAACUGCAGCCAUGAGCGCAAUGAUAACGAAAAACAGAGGCUUUUGUUAUAAUAACAUGUAA